CCGAAUCCAUAUAUCCGUUAGUUAUCCCUGCUAACUGAAAUCCCUCCUUCCCUCCCUUAUUCUCCAUCCAUCUCUCUCUCUCUCUCUCUCUCUCUCUCUCAUGCGACUCCAUCUAGAAGAACGGAAAAAAAUAAAGAAUUUUCACUAAAAAGAAGAGAAAAUGGGAAAGCUUCUCUGCGAUACAACCGCCAUCGCUGAAACUUUUCAUGUUUCGUCACCGAUUAUUCCAUGGAGAGAGGCUACUUCAGCUUCUUUCUGUGCUCCCGACACCGUCGCUCUCACAGGCAAUAAGAGCUGGGAAACUGUCAGCGGUUUAGAGGACCAGCAAAAGCGAUAUCUUCAGAGACUCCAUGCGAAGGGAGUCCUGUGGAAGCAUCCCCAGGGUCACAUUUCUCCGGCGAGGUCCAUGAUUUUCCAACUCUCGCAUGGGGGUGACGUUGAGGCCGAUGGCAACUGUCUCUUCUCAGCAUCGCAGAAGGCAAUGAGAAUAUCUAUCGAUGCCAGAGAACUACGGCGGAGAACGGUGAGGAGGUUCUUGGACGAUCUCGGAUCCCAGGGUGGUCUCGACAGAGCUUCAACCGAUGCGGUCAUUAAACAUCUUUACUCUCCCGAUUUGAAAGCUGGUUGGGGUAUACAUGUCGUCCAGGAGGUGAAAUUAUUGGCGAACAAGGAGGAUCGCGUUGCUCUGGACGUAGCCAUCAACGAGCUCGUUGAUCUUGGCUUGCAGAGGGAAAUGGCUGCGGAAUCCAUAUAUAAAGAGCGAUGCAUUCCUGUGGAUGAUAGCCUGAGUUGGACCAAAUACAUGUCCAUCUCUGGUAGUGCUGACGAUAAAUAUGACAUCAUCAGUUUGCAAUACACCGAAGAGGGCUUAUUGACUGUAGAUGAGAACAGAGAAGGACGGGCCGCUGCUUUUGGAGAUGAUAUAGCGAUUGAGAGUCUAGCAACUGAGUUCAAGAGGGAGAUAUAUGUGGUUCAAGCCCAUGGAUCAGAUGGAAUGGUUGAUGAAGAGAACUGUGUUUUCUUCCUUCCACACCGUCCAAGGAGUGAAAUUUGUGAACUUCCUUUUUUUCUUUUCAUGAAAGGGACAGGUUGGUGUGGUGCUGGAGCUGAUCACUAUGAGCCCCUGAUAGCCAAUCCUGCUCCACUUGGUUUCCAAGAAAAGGCUGUUGUUGUACUCUGAGGUUGAUGUGGUGCUGGAGCUGAUCACUAUGAGCCCCUGAUAGCCAAUCCUGCUCUACUUGGUUUCCAAGAAAAAGCUGCUGUUGUUCUCUGAGGAAGCCAGUAAUCCAGUUUUGCGGCUUAGAGGUUAGAUAGACUUGGAGUGUUUUGAUUUGUUAUUAUUUUUAAAUGGGUGGCGAGCAACAUAGUCCUCGCUAUUCCUUCCAGGGCUGCAAGGAAAAUUUCCAUUGCACACCUUCCAUUUCUAAUCAGAUUUUUUCUCACUGUUGACUCUAACCUUUAGGUCUAUUUUUCUGUGCUUGAGAUCCCCUGUAGUAGUACAUCUGUAACGAUUUUGGCGGCUUUCUGAUGUUUAGUUUCUUGAGUUUGUUGAGAGAUCAUUGUCUUGAUAUUGUAUUGUCGGGGCAUUCUGUAUUGGCAUUGUUUUUUUGUAUCCUUUUUCUUGAUUUGAAUGGUAAAUUUCCUUAUUCUUUUAUCA